CUGCUCACGUCGAACUCUGGAAUAUCGAUUUUUACAGAACAUUUCACAAGGUUGAGUGCACUGCAGGAUGGUGCCCUGGAACUCUGCAAAGGCAAAGGUACAGCUGAGGCUGGGUGUGCAGCGGUUGCGCACACUUCAAGAGAAGAAGGCAGCCCAGGCCAAGGCCUCGAGGCGAGAUAUUGCCAUGCUCAUUGAGAAGGGUAAGCUCGAGACGGCGCGAAUCAAAGUUGAGAACAUCAUCAACGAAGAUAUCUACGUGGAGUUACUCGAGCUGCUCGAGCUUUAUUGCGAGCUUCUGUUAGCACGCUUCGGGCUCAUCGACCAACCCACCCGAGAACCAGAUCCCGGUGUCAGCGAGGGUGUGUGUGCGAUUAUAUACGCAGCACCACGGACAGAGUUGAAAGAGCUCCACGUCCUUCGCGAUAUCCUAAUGCACAAGUACGGUCGCGACUUCUCUAUCGCCGUCAUGGAGAACAAGGACGGCUGUGUGAGCGAGCGUGUCGCCAAGAAACUCGCCACUUUGACGCCCUCGCAGCAACUCGUCGACGCCUACCUCAGCGAGAUCGCGAAGGGGUACAACAUCGCCUGGACGCCUCCAAACUCUCAGAUUGACGCCGGAGGAGACAAUGGCGAAGGCGGCACCAAGGAGAAGAUCGACAACGUCCUAGAUACCCCGUUACCCAGUGCUGAGACGAUAUCGGCUGAGGCAAGGAGCAACGGUGCGAGGACACCGAAGCUGCCGGAGCUCCCACCAACAGAGGACGAGGGUAAGAAGGAACACCCAAAGGCCGAACCACCCGAAGACGACUUUGAUACACUAGCCAAGCGUUUUGCUGCGCUUAAGAAGCGGUAAUAAGUCCUCUAUUUGCGACCGCAGACGGAAUGUAUAACAGAUACCAGUUGCUACGAGAUGCAUAUAUCACGUCAGAGCCAACGGGCCAAGUGGGCCUCGAGGCCUGGUCCAGCUCAUGUCCCUAUGACGGGGUCUACCAAAUUCCAUAUAUAUA